CAACCAGGACAGGCGGGAGCGCUGAACCGUGGCGGUGACCGGCCGCCGGUGGCUGGGCCCAGCGUUAGCAUUGGGUCGGGACGGUAGGGCCGCAUGUGGGCCGCCCAGCCGAUAAGGCCACACUGCUGCAGCAGAGAGGCCCGUUUGGUCCUUUUCUUCCGGAUUUUAUUUAUUUAUAGAUUCAUCUCCAAGCAGAGGUUUGGAUUCUGCUUAUCCCCUCAGAUUCUUGAACAGAUCUGGAGUUAGUUCCUACCACGAAAAUAUCUAGGGCGGUUUCCUAUCCUAUAAAUAUGCAACUUGGAUUCUAUGGUGCCCACCGUCAGAGGAGCACAUGUUUGCGGUGCUAGGGUUUUGUUUUGUCAUCUGCCACAAGCGAUUGACAUAUCGGAGGAUUGGUCAUAUAAAAAUCCCUUAAAAGCCUUGGGGUUGGUUGAUGUGAUCCAUAUCAAAAGUAGGAUCUGCAGUUGGAAGGCAAGAAGAAAAACGAUCUGUUCAUACCAAGACCAUUCAAAGUCUUGGAGCCUUUUCUUUUAUACGAUUUAUCUACAGCACUGCAGUUGAAAGGCAACUAGGGAAAAAAAGAUUGAACUGCAUUCUAGAGGUUUGCAAAAUUGCAACCGCCCCCACCACAUGUGCACGUCCUCACUAAUCGUUCCCACCGCUUGUCACUUAACAUCAACCGCCUCGAGGAACUGUCGACGGACUACAUGGACGCGGAGAGAGACAUCAAGCCCUUCGUCUCCCCUAUCAUGGCCACCACCAUCCAGCAUAGGCGGAGCCUCCAUGGCCCCAACGCUUCUCAGCCAACUGCAUUGGCAUCGGAGCACGAUGGCACUCCAGUGUUACCGCAAACUCAGCCUCAAGCAGCAUGCGUCUUGAACAAGGCCGCUUCAGAGGUGUCAGGUGACGUCAGCGACCAGUCCAUUAGUGCCUACGAGACACUCGAGGGUACCUCGACUCGUCGGCCUUGCUCUGCACCACGAUUGAGCAGGAAAUUCUGGGGCGCCGGCGAUUAUGACGCGGCGGCGGGGAGGUCCACGCCACAACCUCUAAGUCUACAGAAUCGCAUGUGCGUCCACCCCGAAUUUCUCCACUCUAAUGCGACUUCACAUAAGUGGCCGUUUGGAGCCUUGGCAGAGUUGUUGGACAAUGCAGUCGAUGAGAUAGAAACUGGUGGUGCUACAACAAUAUUGUUGGACAAAGUCACCGACAAACGGAAUGGAUCACCAGCUAUACUAAUUCAAGAUGAUGGUGGAGGCAUGGAUCCUGAUUCUUUGAGGCGGUGUAUGAGCUUUGGAUUUUCAGAGAAACAAUCAGGAUCUUCGAUUGGACAAUAUGGAAAUGGUUUUAAGACUAGCACAAUGCGGCUUGGGGCAGAUGUUAUUGUUUUCAGUCGCUGCACUAAGAGCAGUGGGCCUACACAAUCCAUUGGUCUCCUCUCUUACACUUUCUUGGUGGAAACUGGACAUACAGAUGUUGUAGUUCCUGUGGUGGAUUAUAAAUGCAAUCUAAUGAAAGGACAAACUCAACGACUGGAGCGUCAUGGUUCGGAACAAUUCUUCUCAAAUUUGUCAGCAUUGUUGAAAUGGUCCCCUUUUGCAACAGAAGAAGAGCUGAUGCAGAAUUUCUGUGACAUUGGUCCACAUGGCACCAAGAUUAUAGUGUUCAAUCUGUGGUCCAACGACGAUGGUAAUUUGGAGCUCGACUUUGACACAGAUCCGGAGGAUAUUAUGAUUAGUGGAGCGCCAAAUCCAGAAGAAAUUAGAAAUUCUGUAAAAAGGGCUAAUGAGAACCAUUUGGCAAAUCGACUACGCUAUUCUCUUAGGGUCUAUGCUUCUGUGUUGUAUCUGCAGCUACCAGAUUACUUUAGGAUCAUACUUCGAGGGCAAGAAGUUAAGCGUCAUCGCAUUGCCGCUGACCUAAUAUAUCCUGAAUGCAUCAGUUAUAAACCACAUAGUUGUGGAAUAAAAGAGGCUACGGUUCUUACAACCAUUGGAUUCUUAAAGGGUGCCCCAACUAUUAGCGUGCACGGAUUUAAUAUCUAUCAUAAAAAUCGCCUUAUUUUGCCAUUUCAUAGAGUUCUGAAUACUUCAAGCAGCAAAGGUAGAAGCGUCUCUGGGGUGUUGGAGGUAGACUUCAUCAAGCCCACUCAUGACAAACAGGACUUUGAGAAGUCACAGCUGUUCCAGAAGCUGAUCAACCGCCUGAAGGAGAUGACUAACGAGUACUGGGAACUUUACAGUGACAAGAUUGGAUACAUGAAAAAGCCACGCGUGAGUGCAGCUCCUCUUCCUCCUCCAGUAAUGCUGCCGAUAGCAAAUGGCACUGCUGAACCAUCAGAUAGGAGCGCACCUGCUCCGACGCAACCCUUGAGGUCGCACAGCAACUACUUGAAUGCAGUUCCAAUCGCCUCAGCGCCCCCUGGUUUUCACUCAGCACCUGUCAAAGCAGAGAGCGUUGCACCAGGAGCGCAUAUGGGCUACUCCCCGUCCUCGCUAAACGCGCAGACCAUGCAAGUCAACGGGAUAAAAUCGCCUUCCAUGGUGCCUGCCACCGAUUCGGUAGACACAAGAAAAAGGAGGAACGACGACACUACUACUAUGACGGUCGCGUUUAAAAGGAAGGCUACGCAGGAUUUGGCUGGCAGCAGCUGUGCUACUGAUGAGGCUAGUACAGACAACAUUGCUACAAAACAGGUAUCCGGGUAUAUGGGGAUGGGAGAGCGAGAGACGAAGGAAUUUUGCUUCCUGAAGAUGGAAAACCGGAUGCUCCGUGAAGAGUGCUCGGAUUUUGUUAUGGCAGAGAAGGCACUACGACUCAAGGAACAGAAUUUACGGCUCGAGAUUGAGAAGGCGCGGGAGCAAUUCAAGAGCCUACUGAACGAAUACGUUUCGUUGUCAGCUACGCCGACACAGAAACGGUAGGCAUCGUCCCGAAGCCACCGGCCGUGGCCGGCGGCUUGUGCACUCGUGCUAGCUCUUCACGACAUGUGGGUAUGUUCAGAAUGCCAGAGAACCGAAUGCUAGCAAGGAAGCGGUGAUGCUUCUGGACGGCUUUGCCGGUGGCGGUGUAGACAUAGCGCGAAAGGCGUGUGUACCAAGCUCUCAGAAACUCGACUUUGGUUUAUUCUCCAGUGUCGAGUGAUUAGAUACUGUACAUACUUGUAAAACAAGAGGUCACCUUUUCUGUGUGACGAAAAAAUAUAUAUAUUUCGAAAAUUGAGAACCUGAGACGUAAAAUGGAAAACAGUGUACUGUUUCAGUUUUCUGUGA